AUGAGACCUACUAGUAGCACGGCGUCGUUUCAGAGAAACAGCAGGUCUCUCGGCUUCCCUCCCCGUUUCACUCCCUUAGCCUCUCGUUCUCCGGUGUGUAAGCUCGUCAGUAGGUUCUGGAAUGGCGUCUUCGCCCCCGUUAAAGCGCAGGCGUAAGAACCAGCAGGUAGAAGAUGACACGAAUGGCUCCCCAAUUCUUGAUAAGGAUGCAUCGUCACCUUCACCUGUCGUGGUUUUCGCCCAUGGCGCCGGUGCUCCUUCCUCUUCCGAUUGGAUGAUUAGAUGGAAGGAUAUGUUAGGCAAGGCAUUGCAUGCUACUGAAGUAGUUACUUUUGAUUACCCUUACAUUUCUGGUGGGAAAAAAGGGCCUCCUCCCAAGGCAGAAAAAUUGGUUGAAUUUCACUCAGAUAUUGUGAAAAAGACACUUGCUAAAUAUUCUGGCCAUCCACUGAUUUUGGUGGGAAAAUCAAUGGGUUCAAGAGUCAGUUGCAUGGUUGCUAAUGGAGAAGGCGUUGGUGCUUCAGCAGUAGUUUGCUUGGGAUAUCCACUGAAGGGCAUGAAUGGAGCAGUGCGAGAUGAAACACUCUUGCAACUUACAGUUCCUGUUUUGUUUGUACAGGGUAGUAAGGAUGGACUCUGUCCACUAGAAAAGCUACAAGCUGUUCGCAAGAAGAUGAAAUCGCCAAAUGAGUUACAUGUGAUUGAAGGAGGUGACCACUCCUUCAAGAUAGCGAAGAAGCACUUGCAAUUGAAGGGAUCAACCCAAGAUGAAGCUGAAAAUCUUGCUGUUCACUCCAUUGCAGCAUUUGUCUCAAAGUCCCUCGGAGGAAGAUGAUACCUUUCCAGCUGGAAAGUUUUGAUUGCAGCUUCAUUCCUCCUGUUUGGACGCAGAUUCUUGUUGCUCUACUGUUCCUUCUGCAAACAUCAUUCCAGACAAAUAAGAAGUUAAUGACUCAAAAACAUAGCAGAUAUACUGAAGGGAAUUGUAUUUUUUCAUCAAUUUGAGCAUGAAAAAUGGAGCCAUUCACACAUUUGGUAUGUAAAGACAAUUUGUGCAUGUGAGAUAAUUUUUCGUUUCUGUAUUUCCCAUAAAACCCUAUUUGGAUACAUUCUGUUUUUCUUUUUGGCUCGUCAGCCUUGACACCUGGAGUCCACAAGAUCAUUCAUCAACAAAAUGGCACCAUUACGGGUGGUUGCAGGGGCUCAUGCUGUCAGCAGUAAGUCCCUUCUGCUAUUUGUUUUUGCAAUUUUUUCCCCAAUGGCAUCAUACUUCACUGUUAUUGAAUCUUUGGAAUGUGUAAUCACUUAUAAUUCUGAAA